AUGGCCUUUCAGGAGGUCGACUUUGAUAGCAUUCCCAUCAUUGAUCUAUCCACAUUAGCCAGCCCUCAUACCCACGAGCGCCAGAAGCUUGCAGACCUUGUCAACAAGGCCUGUGCCGAGGUUGGCUUCUUCUAUAUCAAGAACCAUGGGAUCUCUGACGAGCUCAUUGAUCGUACCUUUGAGGCUGCGCGCAACUUCUUCGCCAUGAGCGACGAGCAAAAGAUGAGUUGUUAUUUAGGGAAAUCAAAAAACUUCCGCGGCUACAGUCCCUUGUACGGCGAGAAAGCAUCCAAUCCAGAACUCGAAGAACCAGCCCAAGGAGCCUUAUCCGAGGCGUUCGACAUCGGGUACGAGCUCGCUGGCGAUCUUCGAAAAGGCCCCAAUGACCCGCCACCCCAGGAUGCGUAUGGACUGCACGGCGAUAAUCAGUGGCCGGAUGAGCGUCUCCUCCCGGGCUUCCGGGAUGUCUAUUUCGAUUAUUUCUCUCAAGUCCUUGAGCUCUCACGAAAACUAAUCAGGAUCCUUGCGCUCGCGCUGGAUCAAAAAGAGGACUUCUUCGAUUCGGCGGUGGAGUAUCCAGGCGUGGCUUCGAGGAUGCUGCAUUACCCGCCUCAGCCGGUAGAAGGGCAAGGGAUUCCAGGGCAGGCCGCUCACACGGACUGGGAGUGCUUCACAAUCCUAGCGCAAGACCAUGUCCCCGGUCUGCAGGUUCUCAACAACCAGGGAAAGUGGGUGCUCGCGCCGCCGAUUCUAGGGACGCUGGUCGUGAACAUUGCGGAUUGCCUCGCUACGUGGUCGAACUAUCGGUUCAAGUCCACUAUCCAUCGUGUCGUCAAUCUCACGGGGGAGGAGCGGUACUCGAUUCCGUUCUUCUUUGGCGUGGACUACAACACCACGAUUUCCAUCAUGGAGAACGGAGGCUCCGGCGAGAAAGCCCGCAGAAAGCCAUUUACUGCCGGUGAAUAUGUGCAUCAGAAGCUGUCGAACGGGUAUAUUGGUUAUGACGGCGAGUCAGAGGAGAAAACAUGA